CAGUGGCGGCGGCGGCUGGGGGCGGUGAGUGCGGUGUGGGGCUGCCCCUUCCCGGAGGCGGCGGGGGCGGCCGGGCCGCACCGCACCGCACCGCGCGGGCGGCCAUGGAGCGAGCCUAGGGCCCAGCAGGCGUUGUGGGAGGCGCUCCAGUGAAGAAAUGGACCAGUGCGCGUAAGCAUGGACUCUCCUUGCUGACCGUCACCACCUGCUCUCCUUGCUAAGUGAGAGAGAGUGGGUCAGGGGAGAAGGAAAAGAGGUCAACAUGAAGCUAAAGCAGCGAGUCGUGCUGUUAGCGAUUCUUCUUGUCAUCUUUAUCUUCACCAAAGUUUUCCUGAUUGACAACCUGGACACAUCAGCCGCAAACCGAGAGGACCAGAGGGCUUUCCACAGAAUGAUGGCUGGCUUGAGGGUGGAGCUGGUGCCCAAGCUGGACCACACCUUGCAGUCCCCCUGGGAGAUUGCGGCCCAGUGGGUGGUUCCCCGGGAAGUGUACCCAGAAGAGACACCAGAGCUGGGGGCAAUCAUGCAUGCCAUGGCCACCAAGAAAAUCAUUAAAGCUGACGUGGGUUAUAAAGGGACACAACUGAAAGCCUUACUGAUACUUGAAGGAGGACAGAAAGUCGUCUUCAAGCCUAAGCGGUAUAACCGAGACUAUGUGGUAGAAGGGGAGCCAUAUGCUGGUUAUGAUAGACACAAUGCAGAGGUAGCAGCCUUUCAUUUGGACAGGAUUCUGGGUUUCCGUCGCGCCCCCUUGGUGGUUGGCAGAUUUGUUAAUCUACGGACAGAGAUCAAGCCCGUUGCCACGGAGCAGCUCUUGAGCACCUUCCUAACCGUAGGAAAUAACACUUGUUUCUAUGGGAAGUGUUAUUACUGCCGAGAAACAGAGCCAGCUUGUGCUGAUGGAGACACGAUGGAGGGAUCUGUCACGCUUUGGCUUCCAGAUGUGUGGCCUCUGCAGAAACACCGACACCCGUGGGGCAGGACAUACCGCGAGGGCAAACUGGCCAGGUGGGAGUACGACGAGAGCUACUGUGAUGCUGUCAAGAAAACGUCCCCCUAUGACUCGGGCCCCCGCCUCUUGGACAUCAUUGACACCGCUGUCUUUGAUUACCUGAUCGGCAACGCAGACCGCCAUCACUAUGAGAGUUUUCAAGAUGACGAAGGCGCCAGUAUGCUCAUCCUUCUCGAUAAUGCCAAAAGCUUUGGGAACCCAUCGCUGGACGAGAGAAGCAUUCUUGCCCCCCUCUAUCAGUGUUGCAUCAUUCGGGUGUCCACCUGGAACAGACUGAACUACCUGAAGAACGGCGUGCUGAAGUCUGCCUUAAAGUCCGCCAUGGCCCACGACCCCAUCGCCCCCGUGCUGUCUGAGCCCCACCUGGACGCCGCCGAGCAGCGGCUCCUGAGCGUGCUGGCCACGGUGAAGCAGUGCACUGACCAGUUCGGGGCGGACACCGUGCUGGUGGAAGACAGGAUGCCUCUCUCCCACCUGUAAUCCGCUCCACAGAAUAAGCGAGACUCCUUUUUACAAAGCUAGAGAAACAGCACAAUCACUUCCGAACGGGAUGAGGGGGAUCGGAGACGGCCGGCAGCAAGCUCUGGUGACGGGGGUCAGGGUGGCCUUGGAUGCCUCUGGCCACUUCUGUAGGAGAAACGAAAGCAAAGACGACAGGUUUCAGACCACGGGAGCGCUCCCGCCGACCCCCCGACUUCCCGGCGGCGGGCCUCCUGGUUGGUCGGUCCUCGCUCGCGUGCCACGGGACAGAUAGAGGGGUGGCGUGCGGAGAGGUGAAUGCUGGGCCUGGUUCUGGAGUGUGUGGUUUGAGUUCAUCCUUAGAAUCCUUUCUCCACCCUGAUGGAGUUUCUGAAAACCCUUGGCCAUCUCUGGAGUCCUUUUCGCACCAGGACGGAUCCGGCUGGGAAUUUGACCGCCUCCUGCGGAGUGGCAGCCGGGGAAACCGGGCCUCUUGAGCCCAAUAGCAUGCUCUGUGGGCAGGGAUGCGUGUUUAGGAUCUAAUUAGCGGGAACGACAACAGCAGGAAGGAUGCUCGGGCUUUUAAGCGAUUGGCUGGUAGUGCUUUCCGUGAGCUCUUAGAGGAGGGAGGAAGAGACGGCACCGGAAGCGGGGAGGCCCCCCCAUAUUUGAGCUCCGCGAGUGUAGAGAAGCAAACAUGACUUGAACCUCAGUGGAUCUCUGUGCUCACAGUUACAUCCCAGUUAGCCCCCAGAUUGUCCAAGCAGGAUGCUCUCGUGGAGGCUUUUCUUUUUCCCUUUGCCCAAAGCAGGCAAAUCCUUUCUGAAUUAACAAAGCAAACUGAGCUAACACCUUGAUGAUAGUUAAGUUGCCUACCAUCUCCGCCAUCCCGAUUUCUCAUCUGAAAUGAUUUCCACCUCAGCCUUUAAGGCAUUCGGUCACUGAAGCUGCUGUUCCCAAGAGAUUGGCAGUUCCUGUCUGUGCCUUUCUCAUGGGAAGAGCCAGCUCCCUCGCUCAGCCGACCGCGCGUUCUGCUGGCGGCCGGACCAGUCUUGUGACGUGGGCCAUGCCGAUGACUGGGAACAAAGAGUUGAAGCUCUCUGAGCCUCAAAGUGAAGGAGGUUACCAGGAAGAGCCUUAAGAUUUUGGUUUAUGUCCAACCCGAAUUUCUUCAUUUAAUUUCAUCGGGCGUUCAGAACUGGUGGUGGAGCGCUGGUGUCCCUGACCUGGUAGCGACAGAAGGCCAGGCUCAGCUUGGUCUGUGUUCCUCAGAGCCUCCCAGACCUGUGAGCUGUUGGAUCCUGUCUAGGGGCCGGUCCAGCCUUGUGCUUCUGUCAGGCAGAAGCUGCUGUUUCAACGGUGUGAGGGAGCAAAUGCUGUGCCAGCCUCUGAGACCAGUGUGGGGCAGCCAGCCUUUCAAAAACAGCUUAGAAUCUAGGUCCUCGUUUUCUUGCAUUGAAAGGCAGCUGGGCAGCCUGUAACUGUUAACAACAGCGUGAGGUCAGGACACUUUUGUACUUUGUAAGUAUGUUUGGAGACAUCCACAAGAAUGGGUUGAGUUCUAAGAGAAGGUAUUGAGU